CCGGCGCGAUCCGCCGCCGCACUCGGCCGCCUCCGGUCUGCGCGAGCCCCGCAGCUCCCCAGCGUUGGCAGGUAUGGCGGACGUGGAGCAGCAAGAAGGGAGCAUCCAGGUGCAGGGUCAGAACCUCUUCUUCCGGGAGAUGCUACCAGGUGGUGGGCAGGCCUCCCGUUUCUCUGUGCUGCUGCUGCAUGGGGUCCGCUUCUCCUCUGAGACCUGGCAGAACCUGGGCACACUGCACAAGCUGGCCCAGGCCGGCUACCGGGCUGUGGCCAUUGACCUGCCAGGCCUGGGGCACUCCAAGGAAGCAACAGCCCCUGCUCCUCUUGGGGAGCUCGCCCCUGGCAGCUUCCUGUCAUCUGUGGUGGAUGCCUUGAAGCUGGGCCCCCCGGUUGUGAUCAGCCCAUCGCUGAGUGGCAUGUACUCUCUGCCCUUCCUCACGGCCCCUGGCUCCCAGCUCCGGGGCUAUGUGCCUGUGGCCCCCAUCUGCACUGACAAAAUCAAAGCUGCCGACUAUGCCAGUGUGAAGACUCCCGCUCUGAUUGUAUACGGAGACCAGGACCCCAUGGGCCAGACCAGCUUUGAACACCUGAAGCAGCUGCCCAACCACCGGGUGCUGGUCAUGAAGGGGGCAGGGCACCCCUGUUACCUGGACAAGCCUGAAGAAUGGCAUGCUGCACUGCUGGACUUCCUGCAGGGCCUGGCAUGAGGCCCAGGCUGCUCGUGGGGGUGGGCCACAUGCCUGCCUUCGGCUCUCUCUGUCUCCUCCUCCAUGGGCCCUGACUCAUGCACACGCAACAGGUGUGUGUAUCAGCCUGUCUGUCUACCUGGGUUCUUGUCUGUUGGGGUCUGUCUUUCUCUUUUUCUCUUGCAGUGACAGUCUGAGGAGGUGAAACCAAGACAAAAGACCUCGGGAAUCAAGGGACAUAAUCUGGUGGAGGGUAAUCUAUUAGCUGAGCUUCUCCUGCAGGCUUUCCUGCUCAGCUUUCCUUCUUUCCUCUGCUCUGGCCAGCCUCCCCCUCCUGCAACCUCUUUCCACUGCCCUGUAGGCCAGUCACCCCCACCUCCCCACCAGGGCUUGGGUUACAGAUAUAUACAUGCCCACAUGCAUGCUUAUACAUUUAGAGCCAUCCAUGUUCCCAAAUAUGACACUUCACUUGGGAACAACCACACAGUUCUGGACGGACUUGCACAUUCCCAUGUGCAGCUGUGCGUGCAUGCAUGCACACAUGUGCCUCCACACAAACACAUGUACAGGCACUAGCUCCCAACAGUUGAGCACCCUGCUGUCUGGGAUGGUGGGGAGCCCAGGGUCAGCCCUUGCAGGAGACCCUCUGCCAGGCUUGGGGUGUAACCAGCCCUGGACUCCACUCACCCACAGGAUGCUUUGGCCCCAGCCCAAAAUUGCCCCCCUAAAGGAGAGGGCCCCCCUAGCUCCCCUGCUUUCCCCCUUCCUUCUGGGUGCUCCCUGUUCCCCUGGUAUAGCAGCCAGACUUGUUUCCUGCUCUGAGGUUUGAGGGGCGGGGAGACUGAGUGGAGGUCGGUGAAAUAAAGUGAUGCAAUUAGA